CUGCAGAGUCUUCCAACGAGAUCUUAAGAAUAACACAGCAGAGAAUGAAAGUACAGAAAUGAAGAACCUGAAGCUGUUCCGUGUGAGAUCACUGUGGCGUGAUGCAGAUGCCAUUCAAAGAACAAGUAGGCAUGACACCACCCUUAUCUUUUCCGAUGAAAAUGAAAUGGAUAUGACAGCUAGUCACACUGCAGUGAUUACACGUAACCUGAAAAACAAUCAAGCUGACAAAACUGAGAAAAUAGAUAUCACAUCGUUUCUGCCUGGGUUAAACUCUAACAAUGAAAAGGGAGGAAUGAGCAAAGAAUUUCAUUUUUUCUCUGACCCUGCAAACCAGACGUGCCCAUCUUUUGAACAGAAGGAAGAUGCUACUACUGUAAAAAAAAUAGAUUUAAAAGAAUUUUUGAUAAGCUUGAAGUCAGCCCAAAAGGCACUGAAUCCUAUUGAGGGACCUGAAAAAGAGAAUGUGUUUUUUGUCCCUUCGCAAGUCUCAGAAGACAUGCCACAGUCACCGGUGAAGUCUGUAUAUUCCCAUGAACCACCGGACACCUGCAAUGUAUCAAAAGUCUUUAGAGAGCAAGAUGAUGGAAUGGACAUGACAAAAUGCCAGGCAUGUGAUGUUAAUGCUCUAUUUCCUGGUAUUUAUGAAGCUCCACCACAGCAAUUACUGUGUGCGGAUGUUACUGAGGCCUUCGUAGAUGAUGGAAUGGAUAUGACAGCUAGUCACACUGCAAAAGUGUCGUUUCCCUUCUCCAGUGUUGGGAAUCAAAGUCUAAACUUCAAAAUGGAUUUCUCAUCCGCAGAGGUAGAUAAUCCUGUAUUAAAGAGAGCAUCUAAUCAGCACUUAAUUGAUCAGCAGGACCCUCAACUUUGUACAGUCAAAAAAAUAGUAAAUGUUGAAGACAGACGAGAUCUGACAGUGGUGCAAGCUGUUAAACAAGAGGCCAGCACAAUGUCUACUAUCCCAGGAUGCAUUUCUUCUGAGACUGUCUUCCGAGGUGAUAAAACUGUUGUUUUUGCCAAAUGUGAUAACAUGGAAAUUACUGGGAAUUAUACAGCUGUAGUCUAUAAUGACAGUACCAAAGAAAUGAACAGUUCACAGCAUAAAACUUUUGAAAAGCCAGUUAAUACAAACCCUUCGGUAGCAGAAAACAGACAUCUGGCACAUGGUGAUAGGGACAUUACAAAGAGUCUAACACCUUCAGGUAACCGAGCUUCUGUGUCACAUAAAAAUAGUGCACUCGAACCAUCUUCAGGCUCAUAUGAUCAAAUCGAAAAGCUGACCCAAGAUCACAGAACUGCUUCAGUGAAUGUCGGUUUGGAUUCAUGUACAAAUUUGGUGUCUACUGAUGUAUCAAAGAGCAGACUUCAGCAGAGACUUGCAAACUCUCAGCAUGUUUCUUUGCCAGGUGAGAAGACAGUAAUAAUCUCAGGAGGAGAUAUGGACUUGACCUGUGUUGUCCAGGGUGAUGGGAAGAAUGUUAAAUGCCACGCUGUUGCCAUUGAUGAUCAAAGCAAUGGGAUCACUGCAGAAGCAAAACAAGCACAUUGUAAAACAAUUCCUAGAAAGAACCAGAACAAAAAUGUCAGUGAAGGUGCAAAUUCUUUAGAAAUGGACAAGGAAAAUCUUGAUAUGACCGGUAACAAUGGGAAUACUAAAAGAAGCCAGGCUGUAGAAAUGAAUACUAAACAUCUUGGGAUGAUAAUGGUUGAUAGGAAGCUUGGAAAAACAAACUUUCAGGCUAGUGGUCCAAGUCCUUGUGCAAAGAGUGUGUGUUCCUUACAAGAGCAAAAGAAACAAGUCCCUGAGAGUAUUGCCACUGACACCUGUGCAUUCGUGUUUUUACAAAGUCAAGAAGUUGUUGUGUCUCAGCCUUUGGAAAAAAAGGCUACAGUUUCCUGUACAAGUGACAAAACAGGCAGGUUUUCAGAUGAUGAAAACAUGGACAUAACCAAAACUCUUCCUGCUGCCUUUGAUGCUCCUCCUAUUAAUACAGUACAAGAAUACGAGAAUAAUCAUAAUCAAAAUUGUGUAAUAUCCAAGCAGCAGCAAACCCAGACCUUUCAGUUUUCUGGUAGUUCUUGUGUAGAUACCACAAGUCAGACUGCAACAGCAGAACGGGGGGAUUUGAAAAUGAACACAAAUAAGCAAACUGUUACUCCCUUGGCUCCAAAUGGUUCAUUUAUUUCCAGUAAUGAGUCUGUUCCCUCUGGAAUGAAAGGAAAUGAACAACUUGGAAUAAAAACAGAUUGCCAGAACUCAGACAGGCUGGAGAAAACCCUUACUCUGAAGGUAGUAAACAAAGCAUUGUCAACUGGAGAAGAUUCUGAGAGAGAAUUUUCAAUCGGUAAAACAGUUUCUUCAGAAGAGGACUUUCAAAAUCCUCGAUCAGGUCAUGGCCUGCACUUGAGGGCUGCUGAAGUGCCGUUUCUAGCCAGUAUUCCUGAACCACCUAAGGCAAGUUCCCAAUUGCCUUCACUUUUAGAAAAAUCAGUUGUGAUUCCCUCUGGUGAAAACAUGGACUUGACUGGAAACUAUGCAGUAAUGGUUCCUGAUCACAAUAUCAAUGCUGGUUUAUCAGAAAGAAAAGCAGUACCUGGAUACCUUGUUGCAGAUGAAAAUAAAAUAAUGUCCUUAAAAAAAGGGGUCACAGUGACAAUAAAUAGUCAGGAGCAGCCUACGUAUGAUGUGUACUCCUUGGUAUCUGGCAAUAAGAUGUCAACCAUGACUGGUUUAAAACAUUUGACUUUUGCAGAUGAAAAAACUACCAUAUUUUCAGAAGAUGCUGAUAUGGACAUCACCAAAAGUCAUACAGUUUCAGCAGACAAAAUAAUUUUGUGGAGUAAAAGUUCAAGCAAUGACAUACCCUUAAUUUCUGGGGAUAAAACUUGUGUUUUUACCUACGAUGACCCAAUGGAAAUAAGUAGACUUGAUAUGGCUGUCAUUGAUAAAUCUAUGGAAAAGGCUGUAUCUCAAGGGAUGCUUAACACAGCUAGAAGGACUGGAAGGAAAAGCUUGAGGGGAACAGCAGGGGAAAGGACUGUUUUAUUUUCACUGAGUGAUGAGAAUAAUGAUAUGGAGAUCACAAAGAGCCAUACAGCUGCAAUAGGCCAUGAAAUUGUCUUGCAAAAGGAGGUAUGGCCUCAUUCUCUCUCUUCAGCUCAUCCUGUUAAAACUGUUAUGUUCACAGAUAGUCAGGCUGACGACAUUACCAACUCUUGCUCUGCUGAUAAAAUGACCAUAAAAGUUGUACAUGAUGAUAAGCCGAACUUGGUUGGGCAGCAGGUUAGACAGCAAGCACUUUCAAAUAGCGAAGCUACGACGUUUGCUGUGGAGGAUAUGGAAAUCACUAAAACCCGUAAUGUAGCUUUGGAAAAUUCUCUGCGAGGUAGGCAACCCAAUCAGCCUGUGCCUUUUAAUGCCACAAUUAUAUUCACAAGUUACCAGGCUGACAUGGAAAUGACCAAGUCUCGUUCUGUUGAUGAACAUAUUGGAAGUGUCUUACAUGAGGAUAGAUUAAACCUGGUGAAACAGGUUGGAGAGGAGGCUGCUUCACAUAGCAAAACCAUCGUUUUUACUGUGGCUGAGGAUAUGGAGAUCACCAAAGCUCAAACAGCUAUAUUAAGUAGUAUAACUGAUGUACAGGAUGGAGAGUCCAUUCGAGCCGUUUCAGCAGUUCCUGCUGAUAAAAUCGUGUUUACCCACAACCAUAGUGAUAUGGAAAUAACUGCAUCUCAUACGAUUGCUGUUGAUAACAAUAUUGAUGGAUUUGAGAACCAAGAAGCAUCACAUAAAAGCACUCAGCAAUCAGACUUGCACAGGGCAUUGUUGUCUUCUUGCAGUGAUGAAAUGGAUUCCCCGCAUACGAAAGAACUGAACGACGAGUAUCAUGCAAAAUCUAAGGAUAAGCCCAGCAUUCCCUCUUCUGCUUCUUCAGUCUCAGCAUUUCCCAGUGUAAAAGGAGCUACCAAAGUCCCCAGUGGCAGGACACCAUACUCUGUUUGUUCUGUCUUGCUUCCAGAAGAGGUUAUGGAUGUGCAGGCACCACAGGAGCUUAACCUUCCCACAGAUAUUUCUGUCCCAGCAAACAGUGAGCAGGAUCUCAUACCACCAGAAAACCUGAAAUCAAGGAGAGUAUCUUUAAAGCUUCCAAGUCCCAUGGAUUGCAGUGAAGAAAGUGGUGAUUUGGUAUCCCAUGUUUCAUUGCCCAUCAAGCAAGCAGAUUCUUUGAAGGGUUCUCCAGAUGCCUGUAGUACUCAGAGAAACCAAGUAUCGAAAGAUGAUUCGUCUAGACAUGAAGAUUUAGCUACAGAUUUAGGCUUGGCUGGAGUAAGCCUUGUUCCACUUCCUAACAAAGAAUCAAAGAAAAAUGAGGGGCUGUCAGCUGAAGGGGAGACACCUCCGAAAGACUUUCAAAUUAACUCCGAACAAACUGAGCAACUUUUGGUCAGUGACAGUCCAAGAGAUCAAAUAGAUGCCCCUCUUGCACCUGCAUUAUCAGGUAUUUUAAAUGUUCGUUCAAAACUGGAAAAUAUUAGAAGGAAAUCUGCAGUCCCCUCUGUUUCUGAAACUGCUUUUUCUGACCAGUUGCCCAAAUCAUCAGCUCAGUCAGAGGAUACCUUGAGGUUAGGAAAAAAUGAACCAAAUAAUUCAUUUCAUACCGAAGAGCAGGAGAACACUUGUCUUGAAUCUGGAGCUGCUCCCAUAGAUGCAAAUUUAGGCAUGCCACUUAAGGAUAAAUUUCAAGGAACAAACGUCCCUCUAGGUAUCUUCCUGCCUAAAUUACCAAACAGAAGAAAUCCUUCUGUUUCCAGUGUACAAGACACAAAUGCAAAACCUUCGGACAAAGGAGAAGCACCAGUGUCAGCCGUAAGUGUGAACACUGCUGAAACCCAAGGUAGGCAGAACUUCAGCCCUUCUCAGUUUAUAGCAGAAGAAUUUCUUCCUGUCUGCCUACAAGAAAUGGAUUCAAAUGAAUCUGUAAGCUCUGAACUUGUGGAAAGUGCUUGCAAUGACAUAAGCAAAAACCAAACCUCCCACCAUGAAAAGAAUCAAUUUGAAGAGACAAAGACUUGCAACAACACAAGAAGAGCUUUGGAACAAGAUGAGGAGGGUCUUCCAAGCCUAAAGAAGCUCAAGAGGGAUGAAAACCUGGAUGGUGAGGCCUCCCAAGACUUGCAGUUUACUUUUGGUGCUGCAUCUCAAAACCAAGUAGAAGCUCAUGAAGGUGAAGAUCCUCCAAUUCUAUCAGCUAAAAACCCUGACUGUACUCAUGCCAGCACCAGUAGCUCCCUGGAUUCUGUGAAGCCUGACACCGAAUUAACAAUUCAGCGAAGCAGCCAGAUGGAGUCUCAGCUUCUCGGAGACAGCAUUUGUGAAGAGAACUUACGGGAGAAAUUUCAGAACGGUGUUAUCACAGUUGGGGAGUUUUUUACCCUUCUUCAAGUCCAUGUUCCGCUUCAGAAGCCCCGGCAUAGCCAUCUUCCAGCUAGUUGUGCAGUCAGUGCACCACCUACUCCAGAAGACCUCAUCUACAGCCAAUAUGUUUAUCGCCCCAAGCUGCGUAUUUAUGAAGAAGAUUGCCAAGCCCUUUCUCAGAAGAUAGAUGAGUAA